CAUUCUCCGCUCAUUCCAUCCCCCGCUGCACGACACACAGCUGUAGCUGCUAGCACUGUGUUUUGUAUCUCGCUAGUGGAACGAAAAUGUCAGAAUUACGAAAGCAAUUUUCGCGAUCGCGUAAUGUCGGUGACAAGUGACGCACCGGCGCUUCUCGCGACACGCUAUCUUUACAGAACGAUGUCAAGCGGAUAAAUUAUGCCACGAAAGGAGAACACCAAAGCAAAAACAUGGGAGCGAGAUCGAAGAAAACGUAUGAACGCGUACUUCAAGACAUUGGCGGAUCUUCUGCCGCCGCAUCAGGAAGGUCGCAAACGCAACAAGGUCGACAUUCUGAUCCAUGCUUCAAAGUACAUAAAAGACCUCCAUAGUCGUACUGACGAAUUAUUCUCCACUCACGCUUCCGAGGCACACAAAGAAGAAUUGGCACGUUUGAAGAAACUGGUAAUACAGCUGACGUCUCGCACUCAGUUACUAUCCACUCUUCUCAAAGAAGCAGGAAUUUCUGUACCAGCUGAACCAGCUCUUGAAAAAAUAUCUCCCUUAAAAUGGUCGAACAAAAUUAAUGUCGACGACGUAGACAAGUAUUUUGAUAAGAUCGAAGAAAAGAAAACUUCAGAGAAGAAAAAGAAGGAGAAAUCCAUGGAGAAUAAAGUGCCUUCUAAGAGAAAAUCUGCAACAUCGUCGGCUCCGAAAAAGUUGUCCGAGGAAGCUGCCGUCGCUAAGAAAGUUUGUAAUUUGAUAGAAAAUCAAGAAAAUCGAGUAAACUGUGCCAAUAGCAAAAACUAUAAUUCCGAUAGUACAAGUAGUCUACCUGAAACUGGAUCGAAAGAAGCGGAGCAUUGUCAAAAUGAUUCUGCUAAUGAAGCGACUGCGACAGGAACAACCACUAAGAAAAAGAAAAUCGAGGACAAAAAAGUCGAAUCUCAAAAGUCAUUGAAGAAAAAACGCAAACGCAAGGAUGAAAAAAAUUCGACAUUGCCAUCUGUGGCCAAUACCGUCACCAAUUUAACUCCUAAUGCUCUUAUUUUAUCUGGUGGAAAAUUGAUGCCCCUCGUAACUCCGAUGACAUCAAACAUCAUCGUGAAUACGCAGCAGGCAUCGACGAAUCCGAUAAUCCUCGGUAACACUCAACAGAAUCAGAUGAUUGUAAUGCAACCCUUGGCAAAUCGUGUCCAGAAUUCCGUCGUUUCAAUAUGCAAUCACGCUCUAAUUAACACUGUGCAGAAAGUCACUCUGAACACCGUACCGAAUAUUCGUGCGAAUAUGGUCGUCGAUUCUCACAAUUGGGCGUCAAAUGUAAAGAAUAUAAUCAACGCCACGAAGAUCGGCGGACACAAGGGUAUCUUGCCGAAAGGUAAGGAAAUUACAACAACAACUAUGGCUUACAAAGUGCCUAUUCCAGCGAUACACAAGGAGAAAAUGGAGAAGCCUAAGGAUAGUGCAAACAAGAAAGAAUUAGAAGUGAAAUCAAAGGGUAACAAAAAUAACUCCAAGAGUCAUAAAAGCGUCCAGAGUAUGCCAGAAACACCCGAGGAGUUAAAUAUUGAGAAGAAAUCAUCGAAAGAACUUGCCAAAACUCAAGAGGAUGCAACUCCGCGAAAAGGCACACCUAAACGUGGUUUAUCUGAAUGUGAUUCCGCGGAUGAACCUGAUGACAAGAAGCGUAAAGACACAAAUGGCGAAGCGAAAUCUGCCCAAUCAGUUGUUUCAAAAGCAACAGAUUUCACCGCCACUUGCAAAUCUAUCGUAGGUUUGAAGCACGUUAUAGAAAAAAUAGGGGAGGACAUCCCAGAAGAGCAUACCACUGUCAGUAAUGAGAAGGAAUCUGCCGCUGCGAAAUCAAGUACAGUUAUUCAAGUAAACGAGAGUCAAGAAAAAACGUCUACGACAAACAAAUUGAUAGACAUAAGCACAAAUUGUUUUGAUAUGAAUAAGAAAACAACCGAAGAUGUUGUCGUAUCACAGAUUGUUUCUUCGGACAAAUUUUCCAAUGAGUCGCCUGAGACAGAUACAUCUAUAGAUCGACCAUCCAAUGUUUUCAACAUGUCGAGAGAAAGCAUAACGGAAAAAAAUGGUGAAAAUGUAGAUCAUUUGAGUGCGAAAUCGACCUUGACAGAUGUAGUGGCGGAGAAAGCUGUCGGUUCGGAUGGACCGAAGAAAACGUGCAAUCUGGGCACGCAUUUUGAUAGUCUUCUAUGUGUAGCGACGGCCAAGGAGCAACAGCGAAUUAAUGACGCUAUGACCGGCGCGGAAAGCAACAAAAUCAUUCUAAAUUUGGACACAAACACUACAACAACGAUGAAAUCCGACGCAAACAUUGUCGAUGUUACGACAUCAGUGUCGACAUCGUCGUCAUCGUUAUCGGUGUCAUCACCAUUAACAGCCAACACAGUCAACAACGAGGCCAAAUUGACAAAGACUUCGAAGGACGAAAUAUCGAAAUCAUUGCCAUACACCACCGACAAUACAUUCGUACCGAUCAGCAAUAGAACGGACGGGCUACACUCAGACUUGUCUAAUGACAUAUUUGCAUCUCUGCAUGUUCCCUCCAAUUCGCAUAAUCCGGAAUCGAUAUCACCCACAGCAGCAUUCCUGAUGGCUUUCCCACUAGUGUCGUCCUUGAACGGCAAGACCGAGGUCUUGGAAGAGGAGAUGAAAGAUGACUUUAAAUAUCAUAGUCAGACUCCACCAAUGCUAUUGCAGAUUGGCACCAUGGAGCCGAAUAGCUUCAAGAUUAAGACUUCCUCGCCAUCGCAUGCGAUUGCGGAGAAGCGACUGAAAACGUCCUGCGAAGAGAAAAUUGCAUCUGCGAAUGUAAAUGCAAACACCGAUGUAAUCGUUCCUGUGGAAUGUGCGACGACAAAGUCUUUGCCGAAGGUUGUGAAUGAAGAAACGUUGCGGGAACCAUACAAGAUAGUUCAGACCGUCCUGACACCGAACUUAGAGAAAUCUGUGAUGACCACCAAUGCGUUUCCUUCUCAUACCUCAGUCAAUUUCUCUACUGUGGACUCCUCGUGUAUCGUAGGUAAUUCUCCAAGUUUGACGGCGCAUCAAGGUCGUCCGAGUCAAUUGAGAACAACGAGCACGUUGAAUAAUAUCAAUGUAAUUACGUCUCAAGCGUCAGUAAACAUCCAAGCUUCAGUAAACACUCCAUCUACUAAUAAUAAAAGCGAUAUCACGGAUUGUACAUCGACGCAAGUAGCGACGAGCCGCACUCCCGACAUAGCGUAUUCCGGAGCUCAGGACUUCUUGCCUAGUUACUCAACAAUAGUGGGCAAUGGUCUUGGCACAAUGCAACAUACGUCUAAUUCGUCUAUGUUCAAAAAUGCUAUCGCGACGACGCAAGAAUCGAAUCCCACAGAAGGUCCGCGCGUCGACAACAAUGGUUCUCAAAAUCUAUUGAGCACUCGUCUUGAAAACACAACUGUGACCACAAACUCUUCAACCGCAGCUUUACGAUCCUUGCAAACAGACUAUUCGACUCAAACAAAAGAUAAGGGCUCGCAGAGUUCAUCACACAUAAUUUAUCCAUCGCACAACAAAGACACACUAAUCGAUUCUACUGGUAUCGUUUCUGAUCACCGUGUCGAUUAUUCUAAUCAGAUGGAUCGAAGUCUUCCAGUGACGUCCCAGAGCAUGCAGAAUUAUUCUUUGUCAACCAAAGAUUCCUCCCUUCCGAUUCUGUCUUCUCAAGACAUGCAACAUAUGUAUAGUCAGACCAAGGACAGUCAUGUUCUCUUAGAUUUGAAUGGUUCUCAGCAGACAUUUAAUGUUCAGAAAAAACAAGAACAUAUUAUCGCGAGCUCUCACAAUGAUUACAUUGGGAAUCAAACGAAAGUAUUGCAGAAGGACUCCAUAUCAUAUACAAGUGGAGAUAACGAGACCACAAAUACUCCGUCGCGAAAUCAAGAAUAUGUCACAAAGACUACGAGUCAGAAUUCUUCGGAGAAUACUUUCCAACGAAACUAUUCCAAACUAAAUAAAAACACGGACACAUUGAACAGUUCGAAUCAGGUGAAUCAAGAGACGAAACUGAAUAAUGUACUCGGCUCUAAAACUCAAGAACAACAACACAAUCACAUGCGUGAUUCGGUCUAUGUUCCAGCAAAGAAGCUGGAACAUAGACCGGAUGUAGAUCCGUUCGUUCAAUCAUAUCAGUACGACGUUAAGGAAGCGAUGAGUAAUCCUAGCGAGCGAACGAACGUUCUGAAUACAAAUACCGACGGCACACACAGUAAUUACGUUUCAUAUCCUAGUAAAAAUGACAAGAAGACGAAUGUCGCUGUUUCAACUAUUGCCAUGGCCAACAAUAACAAUAAGCCAGCAGCAGUGCAACAAGGUGCUAUUGCACGAUACUCGCAACAGACCUCAUCGUUUAUCACUACAUCCAACUACGAACAGAGUACGAUGACAGAGAAUCACACCAAGUCCACAACCACUGUCGCUCAUAAUUCAUCCAAUUUUAGUAUCCUCUCGUGGACGACAUUCUCACCGGUCAGUGGUGGUAACAAUAACAAUUUGGUACACUACGAUCAAGGACAGCCACAUUCGAAUGAUAAUAAUGAAGCAAAGACUAUCUGUGAAAAUUACAGCUAUGUACCAUUGCACAAGGACAAUUCGAGUUUUUCUAAUCAAGUGUUGAUUGGCGAUAAUUAUCCGAAUAAUUCAACCAUGUCAACUGGAAUCGAUAAAUCGCGACAAGGAAAGAUCGAGUCGCAGAAACAAUCUUUCAUCGAUCCUUCGAAAACUAGAAAUGAUUCGUUGAAACAGAAUCGAAUGCAAAAUCCACAGACUGGCAAUGAUUACAAGUUUCCUGAUGGUGGUAAGAGCAAGAACAAGUAUAAUAUGGAUUCGGAUUACAUGCAGAACGAAUUCAGUUCUGCCAUGGAACAACAGCAGCAUUCCCAGCAACACGGACAAAAGAAUCAUCAAAAUCUAUCAUCCAAGCAGGAAAAGACGAUGUACACAUACGAACCACAGAUUAACUUCGACCUGGCGGAAAGUAACGUGCAGAUGAAAUAUCCAAUCGAGGCUUACACUGGCGUGAAUUUCAAAUACGCGGAGAAAACGACGCAACAGCCAAGUCAGCACAAAUAUCAGGUUCUCACUCAAGGACAGAUUUCUCUGCAUGACAGCGGUAAUUACAGUAGCGAUGUGAAACACAGCCAGCAGCAACAGCAACCACAACAAUCUCAUGGUAGCAAUAACAACGGUAACAAUAAUAAGUCUAAGAGUAAUCAACAUCAGCAACAUGCAAUCAAGGCGCCGGUUAAUUGGAUGAUGACACCGGAAGUCAAGCACAACGCUAAUAUUACCGAUAUUAUUCUACCACCGAUUGGCAAAGAACUGGAGUUCUGCCCAAACAAUCUGUUUACGCAAACACCCACAUACAAUCAGGGCACUCCGAAUCAAUUCUACAACAAUUAUGAUGUUUCUGCUGCUCACAGCUUCCCAAAUCUACCGGUUCUGCAAAGCGAUCCGAAGAGGCCCGCGGAAACCUUUUAUUCCGAGGAACAACCGUUUCCGUGGUCUCCGACAAAAAACAGCGUUCACAAUAGCGUCGAGCAUGCGAUCGGCCAGUCAUCGGUCAAGUGUAUUGAUCAACAUAUUGUACCAUCGAGUUUGCAAAGUCUAGUAGGUGAUCUCGAUCUUAGCGCUAAUCUGGAGAAACAGAAUUUCUUGUUCAGCGCUGCAACGUCAUCGUCAAGAAUCUCUGCAGAGCAGAGCAAGGAUCCAUCCAUAAAGGAGAAAGAAGCGAACGUAUCGGGACGAGAUCUACAUGCAAUAUUAAACACUCAGAAUGCACAGCAUCCAGCUUCCACCUUCCUAUCUGUGAGUCAAUUAGUAGAACAUGAAAAAGCAGAGAAGAGCCAUCAACAACAGAAUCAUCAGCAGCAUCAGCAUCAUCAACACCAUCAUCCGCAUCAGCAUCAGCAUUCACAACAACAUCAGCAACAGCAACAACAGCAGGCUAGGAAACACCAGAGGAAGAGCAACGCAAGUCCCAGAACAAUUAGCAAGCGACAAAUGGACAUUCGCAAGUCUACGACGACCAAUGAUAACAACAAUUUGCAUCAGCGACACGAGGAACAAAAAUCAUCUGGGCACGUGUUCACGGAACAGGGAUACCAGCAAUCGCAGCAGCAACAACCACAGCAAAAAUAUCAACAGAAUAACGUCCAUUGGAGAAGCAGAAAUUGCAAAAGCAACUACACAGCGGAGGCAUUGAUUGGCACCAGUAUUCAUGAUACUAGCAGUCAUCAAGAUAAGCACGCAUCAAUCAAGUUCACAACCAAUUAUCCUCAAAAUAAAUUCCAAAGUGGUUUGUCCGCGGAUGCUACGGUGAUGCCUAUAAAUUACUUUUCUAGCGCGCCACCACCGGAUGACGGCACUGCGGCCGGUUACGGUCAAUCGGUGGUCAAUCAGAACUUCAACACAUACACGUACUCGUCCAAUUCUGCCAACUCUAUCUAUCCUACCAGCAAUUUCAUCACUAGCAUCUCCAACACGCCCAAUAGCUACAUGACCAUGCCGUUGCAUGAGAAUGCUGCCGAUUAUGUACAAGAAGCCAACAAUUUUUUGUUGCCAAACGUGGCCGGAACGAGCAGCUCGUCGAGUGCUAGUACUGCUAACACGUCCAGCGUGAACACGACUUCCACUACGACUGGCAAUGCCAACGGGAACGGGAAGAAUCAUCAACAUUAUGGAAAGCAUCCCAACUGCGACAAACGUUCGUAUUCCACUGCCGCGAAGAAGGGCAAACGAAAAGCUCUCGAGAGCGGUCCUAUGCAAAACCUGGAGUUUCCGUUGUCUGGCAUCAACUCUCCGCUGGAAGACUAUCAUCACUCAACAUUUUUGGCACCGCCACCACCUCCACCUCCACCACCACCGCCGCCACCACAUGCCAAUCCUCUUUAUCAGAAUCAUCCGCAAACGAACGUCUAUGCCAAGACUGUGAAUGGUCUUCCACCGCCCCCACCGUCGGCCAUGGCAAGUGCUCAGGGUGUCGCAACCGUGGGAGCGGCCAGUUUCUCUAUGAACUCUAAUAUGGUCCGUGGAGGAAUCGUCUCGAGCAAUCCGAUGGCCAUGCCGCAUCAUCCAUCGGGAACCAGUCUCACCAAUUUCAAUCUAAGCACGAUAUUUCCUGAAAUAAAUGACAAGGUCACCGGAUACAAAUCCUCGAACGGUAUACCACCCGGCCUGUCGCAGACGUCCAAUCAGUCUGCGACUUAUGCGCAACGAAGUAAUUAUCCGUCGAACUCUCUGUGCCACUUGCCGCAGGUUUCGGAAGGCACGCAAUUCAUUAAUAGCGUACCACCGCUUCCUGUACCUCCUGUUCCUCCUCCUGCUACCCCAUCUCUUUCACACGGAGUAAUCCAUUAUAAAAAUCUAUGA